AUGGCGGCGGUGCUGGCGCGGGGCCUGGCGCGCGUGGCGCUGCGUGCGGGGCAGCAGCGGUGCGUGGCGGCGGGCAGCGCGCAGGACGGGGAAGUGGGCAAGGCGCGGCGGGCUGCGGCAGUGGGGGGCGAGGCGGGCGGGCAGACCACCAUCUUCAGCAAGAUCAUCGACCGCAGCGUGCCCGCCACCAUCCUCUACGAAGAUGACAAGUGCCUGGUUUUCCGUGACGUGGCCCCCCAAGCCCCCGUCCAUUUCCUGGUGAUUCCCAAGCGCCCCAUCCCACGAAUCAGCCGCGUGGGUCCUCAGGACACGGAGCUCCUGGGGCACUUGCUGGUUGUGGCAGCACAGACAGCGCAGGCGGAGGGGCUGGCUGAUGGCUACCGCCUUGUGAUCAACGAUGGGAAGCACGGUGCCCAGUCUGUCUACCAUUUGCACCUCCACGUUCUGGGGGGGCGGCAGCUGGGAUGGCCUCCCGGCUGAGCAGCCUCCCGACUGAGCCACCUCCCGACUGAGCCACCUCCCUUACCCACUGCCCCCUAAUAAAGCAUUUCCUUGGCA